UGGGUACACGCCAGUCCACAGUGGUCCUGAUUAAAGUGAGAACAGACAGCAGGGAACAUCACCCUCUUCAGACUGGAGUCAGUGGGAACAGACCCAAGAUGUUGGGGAGGAACACUUGGAAGACCUCAGCUUUCUCCUUGGUUGAGCAGAUGUGGGCCCCUCUCUGGAGUCGUUCGAUGAGGCCAGGGAGAUGGUGUUCUCAGCGUUCCUGUGCAUGGCAAACCAGCAAUAACACUUUACACCCACUCUGGACGGUCCCGGUCUCCGUGCCAGGGGGCACCCGGCAGUCUCCUAUUAACAUCCAGUGGAGGGACAGCGUCUAUGACCCCCAGCUGAAGCCACUCAGGGUCUCCUAUGAUGCAGCAUCCUGCCUGUACGUCUGGAACACUGGCUACCUCUUCCAGGUGGAAUUUGACGAUGCCACCGAGGCAUCAGGAAUUAGUGGUGGGCCCUUGGAAAACCACUACAGACUGAAGCAAUUUCACUUCCACUGGGGAGCAGUGAACGAGGGGGGCUCAGAGCACACAGUGGACGGCCACGCGUACCCCGCAGAGCUGCAUUUAGUUCACUGGAAUUCUGUGAAAUACCACAAUUACAAGGAAGCUGUCGUGGGAGAGAAUGGUUUGGCUGUGAUAGGCGUGUUUUUAAAGCUCGGGGCCCAUCAUCAGACGCUGCAGAGGCUGGUGGACAUCUUGCCGGAAAUAAAACAUAAGGACACGCGGGCGGCCAUGCGCCCCUUCGACCCCUCCACUCUGCUGCCCACCUGCUGGGAUUACUGGACCUACGCGGGUUCUCUCACCACCCCGCCGCUGACCGAGUCGGUCACCUGGAUCAUCCAGAAGGAGCCCGUUGAAGUGUCCCCAAGCCAGCUCUCUGCAUUUCGUACUCUCCUGUUUUCUGCACUUGGUGAAGAGGAGAAGAUGAUGGUGAACAACUUUCGCCCACUUCAACCCCUGAUGAACCGGAAGGUCUGGGCGUCCUUCCAGGCCACUAAUGAGGGCACAAGGUCCUAGAGACAUUAGGUCCACAUGAAUAGCAGAACUGACUUUGAAGGAAGGAAGCAUUGUUUCCCAAGUUUCACAAUGUGAUUGUACAUGACUUCUGAAAUUAAAAAGAGAGCAUGAGGUUAUUGUUUUAGUCAAAGUACUUUUCAGCUGCAAGUGAAAGAAAGAUGUGUAAGUACCGUGGGGAACAUAACGCUGGGAUGGAGGGGUGUGCCAUGGCACCCAACGCAAGCACAGGGAGCUUAGUUUCACUGUAACAAAGUACCACAAACUUGGUGGCUUAAAACAGUGGAGAUUGAUUCUCUUACGGUUCAGUGAGCCAGAAGCCCGACACCAAGGUGUCCGCACGGCUGCUUCCUUCUGAGGCUCUAGGGGAGGAUCCUUUUCCUUGCCUUUCCAGCUUCUGCCUCCUCCUUGUAAGA